GCGACCGCCACUGUCCACCCACGACACCUACGAGACCGCACGGCGCAGUCGAGCGCAACGUAGCGUAGCUCAGCUCUCCUUGCUUGUCCAUGGCACCCCCCAAGCGCCCCACCAUCGGGCUCGAGGAAGGAGCCCUUCGCAUGGCAGGCGGCGACGAAGACGUCGAAGGCCAGCACGGCCCCGCGGCCGGAAGCAGUAGCAGCUGCCAGCCCCCCGUCGCAGACGGCAAGGCAGCGACCCGACAGGCGCUCGCGUCGUCAACCGAAUCGGCUUCCUCCCCCAUCAAUGAGAAGAGCAACAGCAGUAGUAGCCACAACAAUAGCAACGCAGGCGUACUCGGUGCAGACCCAGACGUAACGCCAGACGCAGACAAGAGCGGGCACGGGCACGCAGACGACCCGUCCGUAUCGCACGCGUUGCCGCGCAAGCGCGUCAUGACCAGCGGCACCGCCGGCACGAAUACGCACACGCAUGUGCGCAACGGCGACGCUCCUGGCCUUGGUGGGCCCGGCGCCGGGCCGCCGCGCCGCGCGACCAUGGAGAGCGCUGUAGGCGGAGGCGCGCAGCUGGCGCGAUCCUUCACACUACUCUUGACCCCAGAGCACCGCCUGGCGCCCGCGCCCACGACAUUGCGCUCGAUCCGGAACAUCAUCUGCUACUCCUGGCUCAACAUGUUGCUCAUAUUUAUCCCCAUCUCGUGGGCGCUGCACUUUGGGCUCGAAAACUCGACCGUCGCGAACAAGGACGUCAUCGUCUUUGUCACUGCCUUUUUCGCCAUCAUCCCCCUCGCGCAGAUGCUCAGCCUCGGCACAGAGGAGAUCGCGCUGCGCGUCGGGGAGACACUCGGAGGCCUUAUGAACGCUACGCUCGGCAACGCCGUCGAGCUCAUUGUUGCCAUCAUCGCCCUCUUCAACUGCGAGCUGACCAUCGUGCAGACUUCGCUGAUUGGCUCCGUCCUCUCAAACGUCCUCCUCGUUUUGGGCAUGUGCUUCUUCGCUGGCGGUCUUCGCUAUUCGGAGCAGACGUUCCAGGUUACCGCGGCGCAGAUCAACAGCAGCCUGCUCGUCAUGGCCGUCAUCACUGUGCUGCUCCCCGCUGGGUUCCACGCGACGCUGGGCAGCCUGCCGGACUUGACCGAGCGCGCGGACAUCCUCUCUUUCUCGCGCGGUACGGCCGUCAUCCUUCUGACGAUAUACCUCGCCUACCUUUUCUUCACUCUCUCCUCGCACAAGCACUUGUUCACCGGCGACAGCGACGAGGAGGAGGAGCCGCAGCUCAACACAGGCAGCGCCAUCGGGCUGCUCCUCGUCGCCACCGUCCUCAUCGGCGUCACGUCCGAGUGGCUCGUUAGCGCCAUCAACGGCGUCGCCAACGCCCCCAACGGUCCCAGCAAGACCUGGAUCGGCCUCAUCCUCCUCCCCAUCGUCAGCAACGCCGCAGAGCACGCCACCGCCGUCACCGUCGCUGUCAAGGACAAGCUCGACCUCAGCAUGGGCGUUGCGGUUGGCUCCUCGAUCCAGAUUUCGAUCUUCGUCAUUCCGUUGCUUGUUGUCAUCGCGUGGAUCGCAAACAAGCCUCUUUCGAUGCUGUUCGACCCAUUCGUCUCCAUCUUCCUCUUUCUUGCCGUCCUCAUUGUCAACAGCGCGAUCCAGGACGGCAAGACAAAUUGGCUGGAAGGCUACCUGCUCAUGAUGGUCUACGUCAUCGCAGCCGUCGUCUUUUGGUACGUCAACCCGGACGACCCCGCGUCGGGCUACGUUAAUUUAUUCUCGGACAGCCAGUGCACUAAGUAGGGCACGCGCACACGGCACAUCCACCCUCAAGGGAGAGGGAGACGAGUACGCCUGCCCUUGCAUUUCGAGGCGGGUCUUCUUUCUCUUACAUGCGCCAUCCUCUCACCGUGUCUUCU